GAUCGAGUGGAAUGAAUGUUUUUUAUAGAAUUCGAUGAUUGAUGAAAAUGGUGAAGAAAAGGCUGGAAAAGUAAAGGUUAUGAUGACAAUACAUGUUACAAAGAGUUCAGAUUAGGAUCCAAUCAGGAUUCAGAACUGAAGAAGAGCUGUGAAACUGAUGAAACGAUCAUGUAGUGGAGAAAUGAUUGAGGCGGUGAAGAGGUAAGAAUGAAUCCAGAUAGAUUUUGAACAGUUGAUCAAGUUUACACUGUAACUACACACACCCAACCCACCGUAGACAAGGCUUUGGAUCCGUUCCUCCCGGUCCCGAUGAGAAUUUACACAAUUGAAGUUGUUCAAAAACCUUUUCUUCGCCCUGAUUCCCCGCAUUCAUCUCACUUCCUUUCUUCCCUGUCUACCAUUACAAUCUUCUCGUUUGAUUAACCCAUCAACUCUUCACUUUACACUUCAACACUUUUCUUAACUAUCAAUUUUCAUCCUUCAAAAAUGUCUGUAAACCCAACUACUUCUGCUCCUGGUCAUCUGGCCAAGUACCUCGAACUACCUCAACCUGAAAACCUUGUUCAAGCUGAGUAUGUUUGGAUUGAUGGAGAAGGUGGUCUUCGUUGUAAAACCACCACUAUGGACCUUCCUGCUUCGGGCCAAGUGACUGUUGCCGACUGCAAAGAAUGGAACUUUGAUGGAUCAUCCACCAACCAGGCUUCUGGUACCGAUUCCGAUGUAUUCUUGAGACCCGCCGCCGUUUUCAAAGAUCCGUUCCGUGGCGGAAAAAAUGUGCUCGUAUUAGCAGAGUGCUACAAUGCUGAUGGAUCCCCAAACAAAACCAACUUCCGAUAUGCUUGCAAGAAGGCCAUGGACGCCGCCGCAGUUCACAAGCCUUGGUUUGGAAUCGAACAGGAGUACACAUUGUUCGAUGCAGAUGGAAUUUCACCCUAUGGUUGGCCAAAGGGAGGGUUCCCGGGACCCCAGGGACCUUAUUACUGUGGUGUCGGUACUGGACGCGUUUUCGCCCGAGACAUUGUCGAGGCCCAUUACCGCUGCUGCCUUUAUGCUGGUGUGACAAUCUCUGGUGUGAAUGCCGAGGUCAUGCCUUCCCAAUGGGAAUACCAGGUCGGUCCCUGUGAGGGAAUUGACAUGGGCGAUCACUUAACCAUGUCCCGAUUCCUCCUUCAUCGUGUCACCGAAGAGUGGGGAAUCAAAGUCUCAUUCCACCCCAAACCCUUGAAGGGAGACUGGAAUGGAGCUGGUGCCCACACCAACUACUCUACUGAAGCUACUCGUCAACCAGGUGGUAUCAAGGCCAUCCAUGAAUACAUUGAGAAGCUUGGUAAGAGGCACAAUGAGCACAUUGCUGUCUAUGGUGAAGACAAUGACAUGAGACUCACUGGUCGUCAUGAGACCGGUCAUAUCGGAACUUCAGCUCCGUCUUGCCCACCGUGGUGCUUUCCAAGGCACGUAGAGGCUACCGGCCAAGGCUACCUCGAAGACCGACGCCCCGCUUCUAACAUUGACCCUUACCGAGUCACCGGUAUCAUUGUCGAGACCACCUUACUUCAAUAAACUUUCUCAACUUGUCUGACCAACAACAAGUCUCUUGCGUAAACUAACCUGAACUGUGUCUUGACUUUCUCAGUGCUCAGUAUCUACAACACAAAUCUGCUUCUGUCUUUUUUUUUGGCUUUUUCUCGUUUUCUUAGACUUUGAUCUGCAUAGUCGUCCGAAAAAAAGAUUGUUUUUAUGUGACUUGGUUGUGCUUGCUCAGCUUGUUCGCAUGUUUACAAAUGAUGUUAACCAAUGAUUAUGCAUGUUAAACGAAUACAUCGAAACGUACCUCUGUUUGACUCUCUGUCUCCCUUCGAU